AUGGUCUCUUAUGUCGUCCAAACUCUUCUCUUCUUGAUUUGGAGAACUUUGAUAUUUCGUCGUCCUGUUGACUCUUCCCAUGUUCGCACAAUGAUCGUCCCACCUGGACAAUCUUGCUGUCUUGAUACGGGGUAUCACACUCUUGGUUACUCUUUGGAUGAUUUAACAGGAAUCUCACCUGAACUAUGCAUGCAUCGCAUCAUCCUGGAGGAUGAGUCUAGUUCUUCAAUUGAACAUCCAAGGAGGCUAAACCCAAACCUAAAGGAAGUUGUGAAAAAGGAGAUAAUGAAGCUAUUGAAGGCUGGAGUGAUAUAUCCAAUAUCUGAUAGUGCAUGGGUCAGCCCUGUACAUGUCCUGCCAAAGAAAGGAGGGAUCACAGUCAUCAAGAAUGAACAUGAUGAGCUCAUCCCAACGAGGACAAUCACAGGACACAGAAUGUGUGUCGACUACAGGAAGCUGAACUCCUCUACGUGCAAGGACCACUACCCCCUGCCAUUCAUAGACCAGAUGCUUGAGCGCCUUUCCAAUCAUCAAUACUACUGUUUCUUAGAUGGAUACUCGGGAUUUUUCCAAAUUCCAAUCCAUCCAGAUGACCAGGAAAAGACUAACUUCACUUGUCCUUAUGGCACAUACGCUUAUAGGAGAAUCCCUUUUGGGCUGUGCAAUGCUCCAGCUACAUUCCAAAGGUGUAUGAUGUCCAUAUUCACAGACCUAAUAGAAGAGAUUAUGGAGGUUUUCAUGGAUGAUUUCUCAGUAUAUGGUUCCUCUUUUGAAUCAUGUUUGGGAAAUCUUGGAAGAGUGCUACAAAGAUGUGAAGACAAGCAUCUAGUUCUCAAUUGGGAGAAGUGUCACUUUAUGGUUAGGGAUGGAAUAGUGCUUGAACAUAGAAUCUCAUAG